AUUCGCUUGUUGCGUCAACCAUCACAACAGCAGUGCCAUAGUUCUCACAGUGAUCUAAAUAAAAUUUGCAGUUUUUGUGUGAAUAUAUUGGGAUUUUCAUUCUUCACAUGUCAUGUCGCUGUAUGACGCCGGCUUCGGCAGCGUGUUUAGGGAUAUUUAUCCAUUUGGAGAUUCUGAUAAUAUGACGGACACACCUUUAGAAGACAUCUCAUCAGCCUCUAUAGCAGGCCCAUCAUCUACUGCCACUACUAAUGUCAUUGUACCAUCGGCUAAUGAAGAUGAAAUUGAAUUAAGAAGUUUAAUUUCAACUUGGCAGGUUGACAACAUUGCUGAUCAUUUAAUAAAUCAGAAUGUAUUCAUCCCUAUUUUGAAAAUUAUAAAAAGGCAUCAAAUCGAACGCCUUUUAAGAAUAUUUGACAUGGGUACACAGAUAAAGUUUGAACAUUACUUAGAAGAGUGGCGCGAGCUUCUUGGAAUACCAUUGCAUUCUGAUAAAGCCAGCACAGGAUAUUCAACUCCUUCUACUUCUUAUUCUAGAGAAGCAACACCAACGAGAUGUAUCCCCUACAGGCGACCUUCAACGGCUCCAGACGAUUACAUACCUUUGGCUAACGUGUUAAAUGAAACUCCCAAAGGAAUAAUGCUUACCGAGUAUUAUAAUAAAUUUACUAGAUUCAGCGAAGAACAACGAACUCUAUUGAUUGGCCUGAUUGCUACUUUUUAUGAAGAGAAAUCAGUACCUUUAACUUUAGCGUCAAGUCAUAGAAUAGAGCAAGAAAUUUUAGCACGUUUCUCCAAUGAAAAAUUGGAAUUUUAUCGUAUCGGUAAACGAGGAAAAAUAUAUAAUAAAUAUUGUAAUAUGAAGUCAUCUUUUAAAUCGGCCGUAUCUAGUCACAUUUUACCACCGAAAAAGAAAAGUUUGAAAAAUAAAACUAGGCACGAAAAUGAAUUUGAGUCUGAAGAAAAUGCGGAGAGCUGCAUUCGUUGUCUCAAAUAUGAUAAUCUAAGCUCAGAAGAGUUUGACAGUGUGUGGAAAGCGUGUUCCCAAUUUAGAAUAAACCAAAUUAAAGAGGAGACAUCAACGAUAACAUCUAUUAUGGAAGUAUGGCCGUAUUAUAAAAUCCCAUCGGGAUAUCGUUUGAUUGAUAUUGAUUUUGGACUAAGUUUCAACAAUAGAAAUGGACUUAUUUUACAUUGGGAAAAUUACUGGAGUUCCAUACUCAAUUUUUUAAAUUCUGACAACAAUGUGAAAGACAAAAAAGCAAAGGCUUUGCUGGAAACCAUAAGUUCGACUCCAAACUUACCUGAAAAUGGAAGAAAUGCUGCCAUAUUUUGGGCAUUACAUGGCUAUUUUGUGCCGACAAAAGUAGUGGUGUCCAAAACAGGCACCAAGAGGUCUAGCCUGCGCUACACGAUUCGGGACUCCCAAGAGGCUUUCGUGUUCAUCGGGAGGUCUUUGCAGGAAGUAGAAGAUCAUAUUCUUCACUUAAAGAGCCAAAAUGUUGCCGUGCAACCCUUUAUAUAUUGUGUGGGAGAUGACAUUAUUAAUUUAUCUGGUGAUGUAACAGUAUAUUUUGACGGGAUUCGUUAUAAUUUUAAAAAUUUUGUUCGUGCAGUAGACAUUUGUUUUAAAAUUAUAUAUCUUUUUGAUUUAGAAUUUCCGACACAAUGCAUUUCGUUUUACAGUUUUUUGGAAAGUUUUUUUUAUGAAUUUAAACCUAAAAAUAAUACCUCUAAAGUACAUAUUUUGUCAGAUUAUUUAAGAAAUCAUUGUUAGUUUUGUAUUUAAAUUAAAAAAUCAUUUUUGUUA